AUGGCCCAGCCUGACACCGAGCGCAUGUCGCAGCUAUCUCAGCGGCAACGGCAGAUUCUUGCCCGACUCUACCACCUCUUGGACCACCACACUGUCGCAGGUCCGGAAUUUGCCCAGGCUCUUUCGGCUCUCUUUUGCGCGGACGAGAACUUUCGGAAGGGAAAGCAGGUCGAAUGCCGCUCUCGCUUGGGUUAUGCUAAACUAUAUCCCAAAAUUCUUCGACAACACUUCUUUCCUAACGCUGUCAUCGAUGUGAAUGGCGUUCAGGAUUUGGGGCGCUACGAUGUAAGCGCCGAGGCCGUCAAAAGAAUGGUUAAGCUUCCGCUCUCCGUUCUCAAUAUGGAACUUCAGUUCAUCUGUGUACACUCGGCCAAGCAGAAUCCUUCGGUUCCUUGCGGACACAUGUGUCGCCGGCUGCAAAGUUUGUUCAAUCACAUGGAUACGCACUUUGGACAAGGUCAAGCAAGUGUGACCCAGAAACGGGAGUACGCCGAGAUUACCAUGUCUGCAUUCUUCAACGACAUCACUACUUCCAAAGCGCUCCUCAAACGCCAGAAAGCCUGCUCGCAGAGAGGCUUACCUAUGCCCGACUUGCUCUUCUUCCGGGACAUACGUCCCAUCGGCGACCUGGUGAAGACCAAAGUCAAUGAGGUCCUCUCUCGCCUCCCCACGCCGAACCCAGCUUCCGGCGCACCUAUUCUGACGCCCGCUGGUCCUCCCCCCAACCUUCCUCUCGUGUUCGGUUCCGGCGUCGCGGACAACUUCACCUUCGAACCGCAGCCUGCAGCAGCACCUCCUACAUACCCAGUGUUCGCGCCCAACGCACAGAAACCGCCGCGUUCUAUCGACUACUACGGCCUCGUGCCCGGGCCUGUGCAAAACAACGCGCCCAUGGCUGGACCGAGCACUUUCGCACCGGCGCCCCAAACUAGCUUUUACUCCGCAUCGAGCGCAGCGUCCGGUCCACGCUCGCUACAGGUAGUUGAUGACGAGUGGGUCAAGACCGCAAAAGCGGUUUGCGAGGGGGCAGAGGAGGAUGAGGGGAUACUAAAGCAGAGUGGCAAGGCGCCCAAGGGUCAGGGCAACGGGAGAUCGCGUACGAUUGCCUCCACGCCCUACGGUCGUCCUACCCCUCGGAAAGGCGAGACUUCUGCGUCCGCCACAUCAGGGUCAUGGCACAUACGUUCUUCAUCCGUAGCGUCUAACGCCUCGAACUCCUCGGCGGCGUCGGCCGAGACCGUCAGCUCUUCUGCGAGCGGAUACGACACCUCUGGUUCAUUCACGUCCAACCUGUCACUUCCCUCCUCGUCAGAACCUUGUCCUGAGUCGCAAAAGGAGAUCCUCGACUGGAUGGAUAACCAGCCCUCGUUUGAAUGGCCUUGGUGA